GCGGUGGCUCCUUCCGGUGUCCUUCCCGGCGGGGGCGGCGGCGGCGCGGCCAUGGCGCAGAACCUGAAGGACCUGGCGGGGCGGCUGCCGGCCGGGCCCCGCGGCGUCGGCACCGCGCUCAAGCUGCUGCUGGGCGCCGGCGCCCUGGCCUACGGCGUGCGCGAGUCCGUGUUCAUCGUGGAGGGCGGCCAGCGCGCCAUCUUCUUCAACCGCAUCGGCGGCGUGCAGCAGGACACCAUCCUGGCCGAGGGGCUGCACUUCAGGAUUCCCUGGUUCCAGUAUCCCAUCAUCUACGACAUCCGAGCGCGCCCGCGGAAAAUUUCCUCCCCCACCGGCUCCAAAGACCUGCAGAUGGUGAACAUCUCCCUGCGGGUGCUGACGCGCCCCAACGCGGCUGAGCUGCCCAGCAUGUACCAGCGCCUGGGGCUGGACUAUGAGGAGCGGGUCCUGCCCUCCAUCGUCAACGAGGUGCUCAAGAGCGUUGUGGCCAAGUUCAACGCCUCCCAGCUCAUCACACAGAGAGCACAGGUGUCCCUGCUCAUUAGGCGAGAACUGACAGAGAGAGCCAAGGAUUUCAGCCUCAUCCUGGAUGAUGUGGCUAUCACAGAGCUUAGUUUCAGUCGUGAAUACACAGCAGCUGUGGAGGCUAAGCAAGUGGCCCAGCAGGAGGCACAGCGCGCCCAGUUCCUGGUGGAGAAGGCCAAGCAGGAGCAGAAGCAGAAGAUAGUUCAGGCUGAGGGGGAAGCGACAGCUGCCAAGAUGCUUGGGGAAGCUCUCAGCAGGAAUCCAGGCUACAUCAAGCUACGUAAGAUCCGAGCUGCUCAAAACAUCUCAAAAACGAUUGCUGCCUCACAAAACCGUGUGUAUCUCACAGCAGAUAACUUGGUACUGAACCUGCAGGAUGAGGGCUUCACCAGGUAAAGGGACUGGAUGGCUGGAUUUGUCUGCACCCUACCUGGGAAGC